CACCUGGUGGAUCCUCACUGCUGAUCAUGCUGCUGAUUAUGCGUAUAUCUCCAUGCAACUGACGCACCUUGUAAAGCAUGGAGGCUCGAAUGGCACAAGCAGGCGACGGCGACCGCAUACUAGCCGGUGUACAGCACGUCAUCCUGGUGCUCUCCGGCAAAGGUGGUGUCGGCAAAAGCACCGUCGCCGUGGAGCUGGCGAUGACGCUGGUGUCCAUGGGAAAAAAGGUUGGCCUGCUGGAUGUGGACCUCUGUGGACCAAGCAUUCCCAAGAUGCUCAACCUGGAUGGACACAGCAUCCACCAAUGCCCACAGGGGUGGGUUCCAGUGUAUGCAGAUGCCAGCCAGCGACUAGCCGUGAUGUCCAUCGGGUUUCUGCUGUCUGACAAAAAUAACCCCAUCAUCUGGAGGGGGCCCAAGAAGCAUGCCAUGAUCCGGCAGUUCCUGGCUGACGUCUGCUGGGGCGAGCUGGACUACCUGGUGGUCGACACGCCUCCAGGCACGUCGGAUGAGCACAUGUCCACGGUGGAAGUGCUACGUGGACUGAAUCCUGACGGUGCCAUCCUAGUCACGACACCGCAGGCACUGUCAGUGGCAGACGUGCGGCGGGAGGUGACGUUUUGCCAAAAGACGGGGCUGCCUAUACUGGGAAUUGUGGAGAACAUGAGUGGCUUCGUCUGUCCCAACUGUGUGGAAUGCAACAACGUCUUCUCCAGCGGGGGCGGAGAGGAGCUUGCCAAGAUGGUCAACGUGCCCUUUUUGGGACGCAUUCCUUUGGAGCCAAGGCUCGCCGAAUGCAUGGAGCAUGGCACCAACUUUAUGGACAAGUUUGCCGAUUCUGCCACGGCUGCAGCUUUCAAGGAGGUGGUGGCGAAAGUGGCAUCUUGAUUCACGGUUCUGGUUCCACAUGCCAUCAAGCUAGGAAGGUAUGGCAGCCCAGAGACCAUGUGAGCAAGUCUGUGAUGCGUCUGAAGAAAGUUCACAGAAAUUUAUACCACCAGAAGAGACCUCUGUGAGAUGGUGCCUGUACCAUAGUGUAAAUACAGCUGAAUACAGCUUUCGUAAA